GUAUAAAUGACAAGUCACAUAUGCAAUUUCAUAUAACUUCCACUCCCUCACGCAGUUAACUCUUGAACAAGCUAAACCCUCUUUAUAUUUUCUUCUUCUCCAAAGUUUCUCACACAUAAGUUUCAAAAUCAAAAUCUUCAAAUUCUUCAAAAUCAUUCAACAAUAUGAGUAGCAUCGGAACAGGUUACGAUCUAUCCGUCACUACUUUCUCUCCUGAUGGUCGCGUUUUCCAGAUCGAAUACGCUGCCAAAGCUGUCGAUAAUAGCGGGACUGUUAUUGGUAUCAAAUGCAAAGAUGGGAUUGUGUUGGGUGUCGAGAAGCUUAUCCCUUCGAAAAUGAUGCUUCCGGGUUCCAAUAGAAGAAUACACGCUGUUCAUCGACACUCUGGAAUGGCUGUAGCAGGAUUAGCAGCUGACGGCAGGCAAAUUGUUGCCAGGGCUAAGUCUGAAGCAACUAACUAUGACAGCGUGUAUGGUGACCCAAUUCCUGUCAAGGAACUUGCUGAUCGUGUGGCUAGCUAUGUGCACCUUUGUACUUUAUAUUGGUGGCUCAGACCUUUUGGAUGUGGUGUCAUACUAGGCGGUUAUGACAGAGAUGGACCACAGUUGUACAUGGUCGAACCUUCUGGUGUCUCCUAUAGGUAUUUUGGCGCUGCAAUUGGGAAGGGAAGACAGGCUGCAAAAACAGAAAUUGAAAAGUUGAAGCUUCAAGAUUUGACCUGCCGCAAAGCAGUCAUUGAAGUAGCUAAGAUUAUAUAUGGAGUUCAUGACGAGGCAAAGGAUAAAGAUUUCGAACUUGAAAUGAGCUGGGUGUGUGACGAAUCAAACCGUCAACAUGAAAAGGUUCCAGAGGAGCUCCUAGAAGAAGCCAAAGCAGCAGCGAAAUUAGCUCUUGAAGAAAUGGAUGCAGAUUAAUUAACAGAUUAAAAAUGUUUAUCUCAAAAAGAUGUAUUACAUUAACUUCUAUGAGAGCAUUGGGAACAUCUAUAGAAAGUUCAUAGGCUUCAAAAGUGCUUCUUGAUGAUUCAAUGCCCUUGUUGGUUUCUGUUUCUGUGGAGAACUGUUUCAAAGUGCUUUAGAUACUUUUCUUAUCAAUUGAUUUAGUGCUGAAUUUUAA